GGAUGGUCGAGGCAGUGAUUGCUUCAACCGGGGACAAAACACUGAAUACCAACCGCUUACAGUUAACGCUCAUCCCCCUCGUCUGCCGUUUGUUUCUGCAUCUCCGUCGAUUGGGUUUACCUGCAGCCUUUGAUGAGAAGUGCGAGGUGCCUGCAGAUGGGGGCCGAUUUGGCGCCGCCACCAAUGUGGUUGUCCAGCUACGGCUGAAACAUCGAACAUGGCGCGCUCCCGCCGACUAAUCUUAUGGGACCCAAUGUGAUCGGCGGCGGACUCUCCUGCUUGUUCUUCCUCUCGUAGACUUCUUAUGUGCCUUAGAACGGUUUGUCCGCGCAAAGCAACUCAUAGCAUCCAUCCGAGGCCCCAGCAUGAUGUCAAUGCUAGAGGUUCGCGAUAACCGCAGGUCCAGGUCCAAAUCUCCCAGUGGACGCGACAGAAGCCGCUCGAGAUCCCACUCACGCGACAAUCGGGCUGCAGCUGAGGUCUUGCAAGAGACCAAACGGCACAGCCGGAAAUACUCCUAUAACGGAUCGGAUGCAGAGGAAGAAGCCGAUUACAAGACUAACAGCCGUUCGAGCAAGAAAUAUUACGAGGAAGUCGAGGAAGAUGAUCGGCGCAGGCGGGCUAAGAGUUCCAGGAAAUAUGCGGAUGACAGUCAAGAAGAGGAUGAAUACGUGUCAUCCCGAUCUGUGAGAGAGUCGCACAGACGGGACAUAUCGGUGUCGGACGACGACAGGAGGUAUGACAAACUCAAGAAGAAAUCGGACAGCGACUCAGACCGACGAAGGGAAAAGUCCAGGAGGAAGAACCAUGCACAUUCUGAAGACAGUGCCUCUGAAGAUGAGCGCCACAAGUACAUCGAUAAUCGAGGAUACUAUGCGUCCUCAGAGCCAAAAUCUAGACCUGUUGACCCCCAGCGGACACGCUAUUCAAGCACCGACCAGCGUUACGCACCGUCGGCUUCUGGCGCUGGCGCAAGGUAUGCCGAGUUAGAACAGUUCAAAUACGCACAGCUCGACAAUGGAGCCUCUCAUAGGUACAAGGAAAGUCCCGGCAACAUUCAGGCACAGUACGCGGAAAGAAGACCGGAGUAUGAAAGAUCGCGGCCGUCGCAGGCCAGUGAUUCCAGCGACGGCCAUUACCCACGUCGCCAACCCAAGGACAAACGAUAUUAUGAGGACAACUACGAGAACCGUAAACCAAAAGGAAGAAAGGACUACGACAACAGUUACGACCGGCGAGACAAGCGGUAUAAUGCUGACAAGUAUAGCUCCUCUCCUGAGAAUGUCACCAAGAGAAUGUCAGCGCUGGCGGUAGGCGGAGCAACUUUAGGAGCCGCUACAUUGGGCGUUGCAAGACAAGAUUCCAACGGUGGCGGAAGGCCCCCGGCUUCGCCUUUGCUGGAAGCAUACAAAGGGACGUACCAGUCUAUCUCGCCCAUGCCUUCGCCAUUAGCAUUGGCAAACCGCAGGGAUGAUACAGAAUUGUCUGAUUUCGAUCUGGACCAGGAUCUAGCCCUAGAUGGCGACUCUGAUGAUUCCCAUGCUGAACUCAAACGCAAGAUUCGGCAGCUCCAGAAGGAAAAGGAGAGAAUCCACAAAGAGCAGAAAAGAAGCAGCGCGCUUCUUAGCAGCGACACUCAGGAGGUGCGACCGCGCCGGCUCUCCAACCUCGAGACAACCGAAACGACUCGUUAUGAGGUCCGUGAGCCAGGCAAGAAUCGCCACCGAGCCAGCUCUAGUGUGAGCGUGUUUUCUACAGGCAGCGGCUUUGGGGGUAAGAAGAAGACUGUAUCAUUCUACGAUCCGACAGACGAUGCAAAGCACAUUGCAGCGGCGUUGGCUGGCACCCGCAACGCGCCCGACCCAAGACCAUUGAUCCAGAUCCUCCCAUACCUGUCCAGUGAUGAUCUCUUAGCUCUCCGAGCCGAGUACAAAAACCACGCAAAAGUCGGCGGCCAGGGAAUCAACAUUGCGAAGCACAUCAAGAGGCGAAUUCCAGGUAAUCUGGGUAAAGCGAUGUAUGCGACGGCGCUGGGCCGGUGGGAGAGCGAGGCAUACUGGGCGAACUCAUGGUACCAGGGAGGGGCGUCGCGAAGGGAACUACUGAUUGAGAGUUUGAUGGGCCGAACCAACAGUGACAUCCGCGAAAUUAAAAACUGCUUCAAGGACAAAAAGUACAGCGAUGACCUGGAGAAAUGCAUCCGCACCGAACUGAAAGCCGACAAGUUUCGUGUCGCGGUCCUGUUAGUCCUCGAAGAGAGGCGCAUGCCUGAGUCAACACCCCUCGACAUCGGUCUCGUCCGGGAGGAUGUGCAGCAGCUGGCUCUUGCGCUCAACUCUGCUGGUGGCGAAACCGACAUGAUUAAGAUCAUCGUGGUGCGCAGCGAUGCCCACCUGCGUGAAGUCCUACGCUUGUUCGAACGCACCUACCGUGUCAACUUUGCCCGGCAGAUGAUCGCUAAGUCGCGCAACCUCGUUGGUGAAACUCUCGCACACAUCCUGAACGGCGCUCUCAACCGGCCCAUGCGCGACGCCUUGUUGCUACACCAGGCUAUCUCUGAGACGGCGCCGGGUAAAGAACGUACAGAGCUUUUGAUCUCUCGCCUCGUCCGAAUGCACUGGGAGCGCAAGCAUUUGGAGAAGGUCAAGGGUGUCUUUGAAGAGCGUUACGGUCGGAGUGUGGAAGAGGCUAUCAUGCGCGAGGUCUGGUCGCAGAUGAAGACUCCUGAGGGACGCUUGUGUGCCGAGUUCUGUGUUGCGUUGGUCGAAAGCAGCUCGCCUGACCGACAGAGAUCAAACUACUAGUUGAUUAUCUGACUCGUUACGGCUCAGCUGCUGAAAUGUUUUCUAUAAGUCACGAAUACAAUGCACAUGAUUCCACUGUGCCUGAAAACCUAUCAAUCAUCGAGUUGAGCUUUUCGAUCCCUUUAUGUAGCACGUUGGCUCUUGAAAGGUCUAAUACAAUCUAAUGCUGAG